AUGAUGUGGCAAAUGUCGAUGUCAUCUCCAAUGCCACCCGUUCCAGGUAUGCCCAACAUGCCAAUGUGGCCCAACCCGCCUCCCAUGGUUUCGCCCUGGUUGACAGUGAGAGUUGAUGGCCUCAAAUUUGAGUAUCAGCUGACCGAAGACGAUGUUCGGAAGGUCUUCUCGCGCUAUGGCGAAGUCGUCACUGUGAAGAUGGACAGGGAGGGCACGACUUCGCAGGUCCAGUUUGCACAGCCUCACCAAGCUAUGGCGGCACAGCAUGAUUUGGACAAGAAGCAGCUUCAAGGCAUGUCUGGAGCGUUUCUUACAGUCGAGUUUGCGUACCCACAAGGAUACACACCGGUUCCUCCCUCACCGGAUCCGGGCCUGCUACAGCAUAUGGCAGCUUCGAAUCCUUUCAUGAAUCCGAUGAUGCCUGGGGGAGCAGGCUAUCCAGUGGCUCCUGUUGCUCCAACACCUACAAGCCCAACUCCUUCUCCUGGAGGCCAGCCGAAGAAGUUCACAUGCAAGCUUGAGGUUGGCAUCGAAAAUGAGGGCGAGUUCCGUGUGGGCAGCCGGGUCAUCCAGAUUGCCCGCGCAAUCUGGCAGGAUCCGAAGUUUCAAGAGCACGGGGGCAAGACGCGCCUUCGUGGAAAGGGCAUCGGAGGUCCUCACGAAGGGGACGAGCCGUUGGCUCUGUGUAUAUCUUGUCGGGACCAGACGGCCUUUGACAAGGCUGUCCAGUACGCCGAGACGCAGCUGCAGAAGGUGCAUUCAGACUACAAGGCAUUCUGCCAACAGCAUGGCAAGCCAGUCCCAGAUUUGGAGGUCAAGAUUUCCAAAAAAGGCACAUUUGGACCAGAAGUCACAAAGUCCGUCCAGCCCAUGAAUCGCGGUGAACGUCCAGCUGGAGCUCCCUCAGAUGAGGAGAUUGAGCGCCUCAUAGAAGAGCGUAAUGACGCUCGGAAGGCUGCCAAUUUCAAGAAAGCUGACGAAGUUCGCGAACAUUUAAAGUCACGAGGAGUUGUGCUCAUGGAUGAGAAGGGAGCGAAGGGGACUUUCAAAGGAUUUCUCUCACUUCCAUUUGUGACAGAGAGCACAGAGAAGGCAACUCUUGCCACAGAUGCCUGUCGGCUGUUUGUGGCAGUUGCUGUGCCUGAGGUUGCGCAUGGCUUCGAAGUGUUUUCCGAGCAGCAGCUCCUUGUUCUCGAUGAUCCAACUCGGGUGAUCGAUUUCAAUAACACGGAGUAUGGCUCCACCCACGUAGAUGACUAUUGGGCGAAGAUAGACUUCAACUAUAGUCCCUUGCAAGGCUGGAAUUUGUUCCGGCAUGUCCACAUCGGAUGCUUCCUGGUGCAAUGGGAAAGUCCGCUAGCAUACGCUGAGCGCAUCGGCGAGUCGAUCACCGCCACGGAAUGCGUGCAGUUCUGCAACAAGAGCCAGGCGUACCUUCGGCUUCCCAUGUGCCGCUGUGGUUUAAAUGAGGCUCUACUGCCAAUGAUCGAGGUUCAGGGCGAAUGCCCUCCGACAUCAUGGCAGGUGUACAGAGAAUUUGACUACAGGUCCUCGAUGUCGCCAUCGACUUAUGACGUGACUCGCCGGCUUCUGUAUUCCAUUGUCACAGCUUCGAGCUCAGCAAUCAGACAUGUUCUUCGCAGGAAUUACAUCCACGCUGUCAACCCUUUGGAGUCUCGCCCACAAUUCGAUUACGAUACUCGGCUUGAUCGCAUGGUCUUCAAUGCCGUUUGGGACUUCGGCAAGAGUCGAAUGGUGGCCCUGUCUUUGUCUGACUGGGGCGGGACGCUAGACUUCACGGUUACCUUCAACUCCAGUCCCGACCCCAAGCACUCGGAUCAGAUUGUGGCAAACGGGCAGCUCGUGCAAGAUGGGCUGGCAUCAGUUGAAGGCCUCGGAACGGUGGACAUCCUGUUUGGCACAUACUACACGGUGGUUCCAGCUUCGUGGGUCGGUGCUACCCAGGUUGUGCAUGUUGUCGUUGCCAUUGACAUCGACAUGCGGCGUGUCCUUACAAGUGUCACGAUGCCCGUAACGAUGAUGAACCUCCAGAUGAAUUCUCUGACACAUCAGCUGUAUGGUGCAGGCGCGGACUUGACGGACCAGUACAAAUACUAUCAGUUAUGUACUGCCAGCAACUUGACCCAAACAGUUGGGGGAGUCACCACAGUUCAGAUUUUCGUUGGUUGCCAGUUGGAAGAGCUAGGAGGAUUGCCCUCAGAGGCACAUGGACAUGCCACCGUGAGCUACAUGUACUUGCAGUCCGCCGCAAUCGAUCACCAGUACAAUUACGUGCGACACUCAGCGUGCAAAGACUACGUGUUGUGGAAGAAGGACACUGCUACUUCUCAACACCUCAUGCUUUAUCCCGCUGGCCCAGCCAUUCCCAGCCAUUGGGACAUUGAGGAGAGCCUGCCUGACAACGCAGUGUUCUCAUCCCUUAUCCAGACAGCUCCGAGGUUCAAUGCUGCUGGCACUAAACUCUUUUUGUCCUUUGACUCAGCCACACUGCGUGCUUGGGGUGCGAUCCCAAUAGACACGAAUGGGGAUGAUAUUCCAGACUUCUACAACGAGGCUGACAAGGCCACACGUGGGCCGUGUGAGAACUUCAUCGACCGCUUCACAAUGAUCUUGAUCCCAGGGAGUAUGUGCCAGUGGACAACAGAUGCAGACUUCUAUGUUGAGAUACAGCCAGCGUCGACAAUCCGUCCCGGAGAUCUUGCGCGUAUCAAGCCCGGGACGGUCUACAGGGGACAGCAAACUAUGUCUGGAGUGUACCAAUUCUCGCAGCCGUCUUCAGACUUUGCUGUGGUGCCGAUCCCAGCUCCUUUCUUCGUCCACUCUUCUGGUCGUACAGAUUUCGAGGUGGAAGCUCCUUUGGAUAUCCCAACUCCAAGCGUGGCCGUCUCAGCCAAGAAGUUGGGCUUUCGGGGUGCCUUCACAUGGGCUUUGAACUCCACUACGCCAGAAAAGUGGCCGGCAAAGCUUUUCGAAGUGGUGGCGGCACAGGUCAUUCGAAUCCCUGCAUACCUAAUGCAGGGCGACACGCUGUGUGUGGCAGUGUCACCGCUACCAGUUCCCCCGAUGGUGCGCCCAAGCACUGGGGCGCGGGGCCGUGCAGUAUACGUGGACAGCCUGCAAGAGGCAAAGGGAAGUUGCGAAAUUGUGAGACCAUUCGCGUUGGAGGCCUUGGAGACAUACAUCUUCACCAUUGCUGGCCAGGUGAACGUCAGCAACGGGACUGCGGAUCUAGUGCUUGAGAAUGUAGUCAGUGCCGAAGUUGAAGUGGUACUUGGGGAUCUUACCAUCAAUUACUUUGGUGGUACUGGCUUCUCUUCACGUAGGGACCGCGCAAUCGUUGUGGACUUUUCAGAGACACUGGACUAUUCAGACCCAGAAACAGGCAAUUUGGAUGUCGAUUCAGUCUUGGACUCUCUCCUGUACGUUCGGAAGAGGUAUCACGACCUUCUCCGGAUCUUUGAUGCCAUCGGCUACCCGCCCCAGGCAAAUUACUUGUUCUUGGGUGAUUAUGUGGAUCGGGGGAAACGAAGCUUGGAAACAAUCUGCUUGCUCUUCGCAUACAAGAUCAAAUUUCCGGAGAACUUCUUUCUGCUGCGUGGCAACCAUGAGUCACCCUCGAUCUGCAGGAUCUAUGGUUUCUACGACGAAGUGAAGUCUCGGUUUAACACGAAGAUUUGGAAAGGUUUCUGCGACGUGUUCAACUACAUGCCCGCCUGUGCGAUAAUCGCAGACAAGGUGAUUUGCAUGCAUGGUGGUUUGUCCCAAGAGAUGAUGGACAGCAGCGUUGACUUAAGACGCAAAAUCAAUGAGAUUUCAAGGCCGGCAGACAUUCCGGACUCUGGAUUUCUGUGCGACCUUCUGUGGUCGGAUCCUUCAGAGGCCACUACAGGCUUUGGCCAGAAUGACCGGGGUGUGUCAGUCUCGUUUGGCGCACAGAUUGUCCAGACAUUCCUCAGAAACCAUGAUCUCGACUUGAUAGUCAGAGCGCAUCAGGUGGUAGAGGAUGGGUAUGAGUUCUUCUCAGAGAGAGGAUUAGUGACCAUAUUCUCUGCACCAAAUUAUUGUGGAGAGUUCGACAACGCAGCUGCUGUGCUCUCCAUCGACGAGGAUCUCACCUGCGCCUUCUCAGUUCUUAAGCCAUCAGUGGCUGCAGCUGCCCCCGGCAUGUGA